AUGCAGGCUCCAGUGGUGGUGAUGAACACCAAUGCCGGUGACCGUCAGGUCGGUCGCCGCGCACAGCUUUCCAACAUUACCGCUGCGAAGACUGUUGCCGACAUCAUUCGGUCAUGUCUCGGUCCCAAGGCCAUGCUGAAGAUGCUGCUCGACCCCAUGGGCGGCAUUGUUCUGACCAACGACGGCCACGCCAUUCUGCGUGAGAUUGAAGUCUCGCACCCCGCUGCGAAGAGCAUGAUCGAGCUCAGCCGGACCCAGGAUGAGGAGGUUGGAGACGGAACCACAACGGUCAUUAUCUUGGCCGGUGAAAUGCUCGCCCAGGCUCUCCCCCAGCUCGAACGUAACAUCCACCCCGUCGUCAUCAUCUCCGCCUUCAAGCGCGCCCUGGCCGACGCUCUCCAGAUCAUCGAGGAGGUUUCCGUACCCGUCGAUAUCCACGAUGACAAGGCCAUGUACACUCUUAUCCAGUCCUCCAUCGGAACCAAGUUUGUCUCUCGGUGGUCCGAUCUGAUGUGCAGCUUGGCCCUCCGCGCAGUGCGGACGGUCUCCUUCGAUGUGGGUGGUGGCAAGCAGGAGGUGGAUAUCAAGCGGUACGCCCGUAUCGAGAAGGUUCCCGGUGGUCAGAUUGAGGAUUCCGAGGUCAUCGAUGGUGUCAUGGUCAACAAGGAUAUCACUCACCCCAAGAUGCGGAGGAGAAUCGAGAACCCCCGCAUUCUCCUGCUGGAUUGCCCCCUGGAGUACAAGAAGGGCGAGUCCCAGACCAACAUCGAGGUCUCCAAGGAGGACGACUGGAACCGUAUCCUGCAGAUCGAGGAGGAGCAGGUGAAGCACAUGUGUGAGGCUAUCUUGGCCUUCAAGCCCGACGUUGUCAUCACCGAGAAGGGUGUUUCCGAUCUUGCACAGCACUUCCUGAUGAAGGCCAACGUCACCGCCCUCCGUCGUGUGCGAAAGACCGACAACAACCGUAUCGCCCGUGCUACCGGUGCCACCAUCGUCAACCGUGUCGACGACAUCCAGGAGUCCGAUAUUGGUACCCGGUGCGGUCUGUUCGAGAUUGAGAAGAUUGGUGACGAGUAUUUCACAUUCAUGCGCAAGUGCACGUCCCCGAAGGCCUGCACUAUCCUCCUGCGCGGCCCGUCCAAGGAUAUCCUGAACGAGAUUGAGCGCAACCUCCAGGACGCUAUGGCCGUUGCCCGUAACGUCAUCUUCCACCCUCGCCUGUCACCCGGUGGUGGUGCCAUCGAGAUGGCUGUCUCUGUGAAGCUUGGACAGCUGGCUCGCUCUGUCGAGGGUGUGCAGCAGUGGCCCUACAAGGCCGUUGCUGACGCCAUGGAGGUCAUCCCGCGGACAUUGGCCCAGAACGCUGGUGCCAGCCCCAUCCGCGUGCUGACUCGCCUCCGUGCUAAGCACGUCGAGGGUCACACCACCUGGGGUCUGGACGGCGAGUCCGGCAACCUGGUUGACAUGAAGGAGUACGGUGUUUGGGAGCCGGAGGCUGUCAAGCUCCAGAGCAUCAAGACCGCAGUCGAGUCUGCAUGCCUGCUCCUCCGUGUCGACGACAUUUGCAGCGGCAAGUCGGCGCAACAGGCUGGCAACGUUGGCGGUGGCGAGGAGUAA